AUGUUCCGCCAAAAUCCCAACUUAAUUCAAACCCCUCUCACUCCUAUUUCCACCUCCCGCACCCCUCUCUUCCUCCUCCACGACGGUGGCGGCACCAUCUUUUCCUACUACUGCCUCUCCGACCUGCACCGCCCCGUCUACGGUCUCUUCAACCCAUGCUACUCAUCCAAGUCCACCUUUGAAGGCGGUAUCCCCGAGAUGGCCAAAACCUACCUCAGGUACAUAAUCGACACGCUGUACGGUGAUGACCAAUGUAACGGCAAAGUUUCCGCUGCAAAGGGUGGAAAUCCCAAGGAAGGGGAACGUGAUCUCAUCCUUGGAGGCUGGAGUUUGGGGGGCAUGGUGUCCGUGGAACUUUCCAGACAAAUCCUCGAUUUCAACACGGGAGAGGCGGCUAAAGCACAGGCGGCAGGGAAACCGAAGGAAAAUGCCCGAAAACUGAACGUGCUAGGAAUCGUCAUGAUCGACAGCAUGAACCCCAACCAGCAACACUUUCCGCAGGACGCGAAGAUUGCCAGUCCCAAUGCGACGACUAUGCAAUGGGGCCCGCAUACCAAGCCUGAGACCAAGGAGGCGGUGCUGAGGUGUUUUCACGAGGCGAGGCGCAUGCUUUCGUUUUGGGAAAUGCCUACGUGGCCUCGACUGGAGGAGCAGGAGGCGCUGUCCGAGCGGGAAACAGGCGGUCCGCCGCCAGUGGUGCUGCUCAAGGCCAAGGAGAACGUGCCGCUGCAGGAAGAGCAGGUGAAAGAGGGGGAGGUGUCGAGGACGGAUGUACAGCGUAAAGACGCAACGCUGGGGUGGGGUAAGUACCAUGAGGGCAUGGUACGGAAGGUGAUGGAAGUUGAGGGAAACCAUUUCAACCUGUUCACGGAAGAGAAGAGGGCGGAGAUUGUGACGAGGGGGGUGAGAGAGGGGUGUGAGCUUCUGGAGGGGCUGUGGAAGCAGAGGGCCUAA